AUUAGAUAGAGGGCGCUAGUUUAUGACGUCAUUGGUUUACUUCGUCUGAUCAGUUUGGUUUUUAGACUUUUUAAAUUAAGGAAGGGUUAAUGUGAAGUUAGCAAGCGAAAAAAAUUAAUAAAAAAAAGUCAGUUAUGUCAUUAAAGCAGCAGUUUUGUGCAUUGUCAUUGCUUUUCUUGAAAUCCGUUUUGAUUUGGAGUUAUCCUACCGAAGAUGGGAAUGUUGGUACAUUUUGGCAAAUCACUGAUAUUCAUUGGGAUAAACAAUAUUCCAUACGAGGAAAUCCAAAUGAAAUGUGUCAUUUGACAACAAACACUACAGGUGAUUAUCUCAAUGGAGAUUAUGGAAAUUUCAACUGUGAUUCUCCUUGGCUCUUGAUUAAUUCUUCUAUAGAAGCUAUGAUUAAGUAUAAAAGUGAUCCAGACUUCAUUAUAUGGACAGGAGAUAAUGCUCCACAUAUAUGGAAUCCAUCACCUAAUUUUAAAAGUAUAACAAGUAUAUUGGCUAAAAUAACACAGUUAUUAUCACUAAAGUUUCCAAAUUCAACUAUUCUACCUGUGCUUGGAAAUCAUGAUACUUUUCCACCAGAUAGAGUACCACAAAAUGGCAAUACUACUUACUACAAUCAGUAUCUUACUACAGGUAGAUGGAAUGAAAUUCUCCCCAAUUCUACUUGGAAUACAUUUCUUCAAGGUGGUUAUUAUUCAUUUCCUCUUUCAUCAAGUUUGACCAUUCUUGGAUUGAAUACAAUUUUAUGGUAUAAAUCCAAUACUUUAACACUGAAUUCCACUGAUCCUGCCAAUCAAUAUAUUUGGCUGGAAAAUGAAUUGAUGGAAGCUGAAAAAGAAGGGAAAAAAGUUUACAUAAUUGGACAUAUAUCUCCAGGACACAGUAACAGAGGAGUAUGGAAUGAAAUAAAUCCAUCUUUAUAUCAAGAAAAUUUUAACGAAAAGUACAUCAAUAUAGUAAACAACUACAGUAAUGUUAUAGCUGGACAGUUUUUUGCUCAUUUACAUGCAGAUCUGUUUGGAUUAUUUCGCAACAAAGAUCAGAUUACGUCAUCCAUGUUACUGUCAUCGUCAAUAACACCCUGGCACAGUAUAGAACCCAGUAUGAAGGGAGUGAGCAUCUCUCCCAAUCCAUCUAUUCGGCUUUAUUACUACAACAGACAGGAUGGUAAAAUUUUAGAUUAUGAUCACUUCUUCUUGAAUUUAACAAAGGCAAACAACCUUUUUGACAGAAAACUUGACAAUCAAGAGAAUGACUCUUCUGAAUUCACUUGGAAAUUGUUUUACACUUUCACAAAAGAAUAUGAAUUGGAAGACGUGACCACUCGGUCUCUCGAAGAACUGUUCAAGAAGCUGAAAACAAAACCGGGUUUCUUUGAAAAGUAUUACAACUUCACAACAGUUGGAAAGGAUAAUGGUCUCUGCGACAAAAUCUGCAUAAGACUGCAUCUGUGUGCAAUCUCUUUCCAAAAUCACCAUAACUACAGCAGUUGCGUGAAAAUACCAGAGCAGCAAAUCAGGAGCAUCAUCGAGACCACCACUCCGGUACCAUUCCGUGAACCUGCAGCACCACAAGACACACGCAAGCGGCCCAAUUCUGCCUCAUCCCGUAACAUUCUCAUUGGAUGCACUCUGUCACUGCUGGUCCUGAUCAUGAUACUUGUGGUGGUCUACAUAAAGAGAUCGCGUCUUGCCAGGGGGCCGAGAUUCGUAAGAUUUCAAUAAAUGUCAUAUAUUCCGAAUAUCAGAAUUAAGUCUUUUAUUUAAAUUUGAUAUUUGGAGACAUUGCAACACAGAAGCCAUGGCACAGUAUAUCAAAGAAAUAAUAUAUAUUGAUAUUUAGUGAAUUUGUUAAAAGGUCAACUUAACUUAUGAAAGAGCAACCCACAUUUUGCAAGUUUGUAUAGUUGUUGUUGUUGUUAAAUUAUAUUUGCACAAGAAUUUUAAAAAUAUUUAAAUAAAUAUCAAGAGACUUUAAGCAGAAGUUUUAGAGAUAAAUUUGGAAGAUAAAAAGUUGCAUUGUUUUGUUAAACACUCACCAAACUAAAUGGAAUUAAGAUGUCAAAAAAUUAAGUAUUCUGGUGCUACUUUGGUAAAAAUACAGCAGAUAAAACCACAAUGUAUUAUAAAAAAAAUCAAUUGUAUAAUGGUUUUUAUUGCUUAUAUAUUGUAAUGUUGUUUAAAAUAAAUUUUUAUAUUUAAUAUUGAAAAA